GUGAUGGCUAAAGCUUAAUUGGCCUAUGAAUUGUUAAAAUUGGCCUUUUCCUUACUGUACACAUCCUUGCAAAACCCUACCAGAAGAACGUCUCUGAUGCGUAUUUUUUGUCACUGGAUAUCUAUAAUAUCAGAGUUGCUUGCAUACAUAUUGAAUUUAGCCAGCAGUUCAGUAUGCCUGAAAACAAGCCUGUAAUUGGGAUUUCAUGGGAACCAAAGCUGCCUCAAUUAUCAUUUGGGACCAAAAAGAGCUCCAAUGAUGUGCCCGGAACCAGUGCAGUAUACAAACCUAGUUCGGAACUUGUCGAUGGCCUAUUUGUUCCGCCUAAUGAUCCCAAAAAGGUGAACAAGUUUCUACGAAAACAACUCAAGGAUACAGCCGGCAAAAAUUGGUUUGAUAUGCCUGCCCCAACGAUUACUCCGGAGCUGAAAAGGGAUCUCCAGCUGUUAAAGUUGAGGGGUGCCAUGGAUCCGAAAAGGCAUUACAAGAAGGGUGGCUCAAAAUCAAAAACACUACCUAAAUAUUUCCAGGUCGGCACAGUAAUAGAGCCAGCAUCUGAAUACUACUCCGGUAGACUGACUAAGAAGGAGAGAAAGACAACACUUACUGAAGAGCUACUUUCCGACCGUAAACUUGGGGAGUACCGGAAACGCAAAGUUCGCGAGAUUGAAGAACAUAAUCGGCCAGGUGGAGUGGACAAGUGGAAGAUUAGAGGUCCACAGUCGAGGCAGCGUGCAAAGCAAAGAAGGCAUUGAAGCUAGAGCGUUCAAGAAGCACCGCUUACCAUUUUUCCCAGUCUGGCCAAUCGAGGAUGUUUUACGAGGUGUAAAACUAGUGAGAUGCCAUAAUAAGGCAGGUUUGACAGAACAUCUAGAAAUCCCUGAUGCCAUAAUUGCAUCAGCAUACUUCUAAUACGAGUUUCUAGCACUGCAACAGAAAUAGUUGUCAUCAAAUUUGAAAUGUGUUACUGAUGAUCUUCAUGUAUAUUGCCUUCUCAAGGGAUUGUGACCACUAACACAGUAUUCUAUUCUUAUUGUUCCCGCAUCAGAAUAUCAGAAUGUUCUGCAUUGUGGAUUUGAUGUUUCUGACAUUCUAUAUAUUUACUGCAACCUUGAGGUUGUAUUUUUGGUACUUUAAAGAAAA